CUGUGACAAUUCUGAAUAAUCUGAAUCGCUCUUUUUCGUUUUUGCAUCAGCCAUCAGCUGCGACAAAGUAAUUCCGUGGUGUCUCCCUCAUUUCGAUCGUAAAAUGGCUGAUAAUAAAUUGUAUGAAAUAUUAGGUGUUUCGCGAAAUGCAAGUGAUUCUGAAAUCAAAAGGAGUUACCACAAGUUGGCUAAAGAAUUUCAUCCUGACAAAAACCCAGCAGCUGGCGAUAGGUUUAAAGAGAUAAGCUAUGCAUAUGAAGUUUUAUCAGAUCCAAAAAAACGGCAAACCUAUGAUAAGUUCGGCCUCAAAGGAUUGCAAGAAGGCGGGCAAGGAGGAGGAUUUCCUUCUGAUGACUUCCUUGGACAUUUCUUUGGUGACAUAUUCGGUAUGGGUGGUGGUGGUGGCAGAGGACGAGGACGUGCGCGUGGUGAGGAUACCAUACAUCCAUUGAAAGUGACUUUAGAAGACAUGUAUGUCGGAAAAACAGCGAAGCUACAAUUAAGUAAAAAUGUAAUCUGUGGCCCGUGUAAAGGUCUCGGUGGAAAGACUGGAGCUGUUUCGUUUUGCAGAGACUGUCAUGGUCAAGGUAUAAAAGUGUCAUAUCAGCAAAUAGGGCCCAACAUGACCCGUCAAUUCCAGACUCGUUGCACUACCUGUCAAGGGCAAGGUGAAACUAUUGAUGAAAAAGACAAAUGCCCUAAAUGCAAAGGCAAGAAAGUUUUAAACGAAACCAAGAUAUUAGAGGUACAUGUUGAAAAAGGUAUGCGUGAGAACCAGAAAAUAUUCUUUAGAGGAGAAGGAGACCAGCAGCCUGACACUCAACCUGGUGAUGUAAUUAUAGUAUUACAACAAAAACCACAUGAGCUGUUCAAACGAACAGGCGACGACUUGUUGAUGGAGCGAGAGAUUACCUUGACCGAGGCUCUGUGUGGCUUUGAGUUUGUCAUUAAACAUUUAGAUGGACGGGAUCUACUUAUAAGACAUUCCCCUGGAGAAGUGAUCAAACCUGGAGACUUAAAAGGUAUACAAGGUGAAGGCAUGCCUCAACAUAAGAACCCAUUUGAAAAAGGAAAUCUCUAUGUUAAGUUUGAAGUAACUUUUCCUGAAAACCACUUUGCAAAUGAAGAGCAAUUAAAGAAAAUCGAAAGCAUUUUACCGCCUAGACCUGUAUUUGUCAUGCCAACUGGCGAGGAUGUGGAAGAAGUCAACAUGAUGGAGUACACAGCCAGUGAGAGGAGCCGAGGGCGGGAGGAAGCCUAUGCCAGUGAUGACGAUGAGCAUAUGCAUGCAGGCCCAGGUGUACAAUGCGCUCACCAGUAGCUUAAUAAUUAUUGUAUUGAAUCCUUAUUUUUGGAUUUAUACUCAGACCUCACAUUAUAUAAUUUUAUUAUGAAUUUUAGGUAGUUAAUAUUGACUAAAACAUGACACUCUAAUUUGCAGAAUAGUCUUAGAGUUGUUUCUAAUCAAUUUAUUAUCUGGUGAGUGGUGACAGAACAUGUCAAGACCAGAUAUAGUUUAUUAGGGUCACAUCAUUGCAAUAAACCGCCUUAUCUUUAAUAUGUAUAAUAAUUAUUUUAUAAUUUACAAAAUAUAUGUAUAUUAUAUUGAUUUAUGUAAUGUUGAGGAUUCAGUAAAAACAAUUAGUAAUGGUUUUUCAUUCAUGUAAUUCAUUCCACUACCACAGGUGCAUGUAACUGCAUUGGUUUAUGAUUAUUAUACUUAAAUUAAAA